AUGUCUUCGGCCGUUCAACCACCUAAUGGCUCCCCUUUACUACGGCCCCGUGCCGUUCCGGGGUCAAAGAAUCUAGACGAUUUGACGGCAAUUUCCCCCUUGGAGAAAGCUGAUUCGAGUGGCCGCUCAACCCCGGUCCCCGACGAUGCUCCCCCCUCCGCGCAUUCAAUCUCCACGGCAAGAAAGCAAGCACGAGCCCGGACUCGAAUAUUUUAUACAAUCGAUUAUGUUCCUCGAGUAUCCCAUUUUGACCCGCGGAGCGAGUACCGCGACUUCCGCGGCUUCUAUACCCUAUUUUGGAUUGCAUUGUUUAUCAUGGUCGUUACUACGAUGCUUCGGAAUAUCAAGGAUACUGGCUAUCCCCUGAGGAUCAGAGUAUGGAGCCUGUUGUCAGAAAAUGUGUGGUCCAUGGGGUUCAGUGACGUGGCCAUGGUGGUCAGUAGCGCAGUGGUCCUGCCGCUCCACCAUCUCAUACGGAAAAGCGGUAGCUUGAUGCGCUGGGGAAGAGGUGGCAUGGUCGUGCAAAGCAUCUUCGAGGCAGGCUGGGCCAUUCUAUGGAUCAAUUGGCCAUUUAUGAUGCGCUGGACCUGGACGGCCCAGGUCUUCUUCACCCUUCAUACUCUAACCAUUCUGAUGAAGGUGCACUCCUAUGCAUUCUACAACGGUCAUCUGAGUGAGACGCAGCGUCGACUAGCGUCGCUCGACAAGCCAGGAAAAGUCUCAAUGGAAGCGCCAAUCCCAUAUCCAGAUGCAUCCCCCCGUCGACGUUCGGUAGCCCGGCGUGCGAGCCAUCAUGCACGCUCCGAGUCGAUCGCUGAACUGCGCGAGGACCUGGCCACAGAGCUCACUUCACCCAUGGGAAAUGUCACCUAUCCUCAGAAUCUUACCGUUGUCAAUUAUGUCGACUUUGUGUUCUGCCCCACUCUCUGCUACGAGUUGGAAUAUCCUCGGAGCAAGGAAAGACGGUGGAUCGAAAUCGGCUUGAAGACUCUGGCUAUCUUCGGAUGCAUCUUUCUAUUGACAUUGACAAGCGAAGAGUUUAUUCUGCCUGUCCUGACAGAAGCCAACAUCCAAUUGCACAGGGUGUCAAGCGCGGCCGACAAGGCCCUGAUCCUCGCGGAGACCAUCAGCAUGCUUUUGUUCCCGUUCAUGGUCACGUUCCUUCUUGUGUUCCUGGUGAUCUUCGAAUAUGUUUUGGGCGCCUUCGCGGAGCUAACUUGUUUCGCUGAUCGUCACUUUUACUCGGACUGGUGGAAUUCCUGCGACUGGCUCGAGUUCUCCCGCGAAUGGAAUAUCCCCGUGCACCACUUCCUCCGGCGCCAUGUAUACUUCCCCUCGCUAUCGAAUUUCUCUAAGCCAGUUGCUAUGUUCAUCACUUUCCUCGUCAGCGCCAUUGCCCACGAGCUGGUCAUGAGCUGCAUCACCAAGAAGCUCCGCGGCUACGGAUUCUUAGCCAUGAUGCUCCAGCUACCCAUCGUUGCGGUACAGAAGUCCAAAUACGUCCGAGGAAAGACAACACUUAACAACCUCUUCUUCUGGCUAUCUAUGAUUUUCGGAUUAUCAAUGAUGUGUGCGCUUUACGUCCUCGUCUAG